AUGAGCAAGAUCUUGAAACUCGUCAAACAAAUCUUUGCCGAAGAUCCUGAAGUUGAAGAGGGAACAUCCCUGCCGGCCAAUCAAAGUGUUUUGCAGAAGCAUGCUACUUUCUUCGACCGCAACCAUGACGGCAUUGUUUAUCCUUGGGAGACCUAUCAAGGUUUUCGAGCAGUUGGUUCUGGUAGACUAUUGGCGGUGGCUUCCUCUAUUUUUAUCAAUGUUGGUCUUAAUAGAAGUACUCGUCCGGGAAAAUAUUUUUCUCCAUUGUUUCCUAUUGUAAUCAAGAAUAUCCACUUGGCCAAGCACGGAAGCGAUAGUGGUGUUUAUGACAGUAAUGGAAGCUUCGUUGCAUCAAAGUUCGAAGAGAUUUUCAGCAGACAUGCUCGAAUAUAUUACGAGGCUUUAACAUUUGAUGAAUUGAUGGAGAUGGUAAAGGCAAACAGAAAACCCAGGGAUCAUAAAGGAUGGAUAGCGAGCUUUGCAGAGUGGAGGAUAUUUUACAUUCUUUUCAAAGACAAGAAUGGUUUGCUGCAGAAGGAGACAGUUAAAGCUAUGUAUGACGGAAGUCUUUUUGAGCGUAUGGAGAAAGAGAAGAAGUCAUCAUACUCUACAAAGAAUAAAAUGUGA